CUGCGCAGUCGGGGGCUGCGGGGCGGCAGGUGGCGGCGCUGACCAGGAGGGUGGAGGCGCUGAGGGACAGGCUGCAGGGGCAGGAAAAGGAGUUGGAUCAACAUCAGCAGCAGCAGCAACACCAGCAGCCGCCGCGGCAAGGGCGAUCUGGUCAGCAGCCACCGCUAACAGCGCAUCAAGCCUCGGAGGCUACGGCUGCUUCUGCUUCUGACGCUCCCGCGUACGGGAACCAUGAUGCUGGAGCUACUCUCCUUGGCUCCCAACAGAAUCCUUCUGCCGUAUCGUCAGCAGCAGCAGCAGCAGCUGGGUCGCUGUCGUCGUCAAGGCCACCGUCGCUGUCGCCGUCGCCACAGCGGCAGCAGCGGGUGGGCGAGACAGCGCCGCCGCUGCGUCCCGGUUGGCCGGAGCGGUUCAUUAACGGCCGGCAGCAGCAGCAGCAGCCAAAAGCGCAGAUGCAGCCGCCGCAGCAGACUCCUGCCAUCAAGGCCACCAUGCAAAUAACGCAACAUGACCCCCACACUCCUGCUGCUACUGCUACAUCCUCUGUGUCUUCUUCCGCAUUCUCAUCCACGUCAUCCUCAGCAAAACCAGCAAUGCAGCAAAGAGCGCUGCCGCCGUCUCCCUGGGAUAACAGCACCACUGCCCCGCCUACCGGCCACAGCAGCAGCAGCAGCAGCAACGGUAAUGGCAACGGCACGCAUGGUAGCAACAACCACCGGAACGGCGUCAGCAGCAGCUUCCGCUCUGCCAACAAAAGCACCAGCAGCAGUACCGUUGCCAGCAGUAACAGUAGCUCUGUAGGCGUAAUUAACACAGCAUCCACGGCUCAUGCUGCUGCUGCUGCCUCCGCUAUCGGCCCCCAGAUCGCUUUCUCCCCACCGCCUGACCCAUGGGUGAAGCCAGCAUUGCCGGUGACAUCCACAUCCGCGCCAAGGCCAGCAGCAGCAGCAGUAUCACCCCUGCUGUACCGACAGAACGCGUCCAGCACAUCACAAACAUCAUCAUCAUCAUCAUCAUCAUCAUUACCUUCCCAACCCUCCACCCAGCCAUCCAUACAAGCCUCCUCCUCCGCCGUCCAGCGUUCGUCCUGCUCAGCCACACAUAUCAGCAGCAGCAAAAGCAGCAAUGGUGCUGCUUUCCAAACCGCUGACGGUGCUGCCGACGGUGCCGACGCUGCACUGGGGCCGGCUGCUGCUGCUGCACAGGCAUCCGUAAACAAGAGCAGUAGGUUUGGUGCUGCUGAUGAUGACAGCAGUCACAUUUCCGUACGGAAAGAGGACAGCAACAGCGGUAGCCAUACCGGCAGCGGUGCCGGGGUUGUGUCGGUUUGGACUCGUAUCUUAGCAGCGGCUGCCCAAAGCGGUAACGGCAGCAGCAGCAGCAACAGUGGUGCAGCAUCAAUCGCAGCCAGCAGAAUCGGAGCUGGGACGGCCGCAGCCGACUGCAGCAGGCCUCCCGACCUGCUCCAAGGGCAGUUGCAGCCGCUUGUCUUCAGCAGCAGCAACAUCAGGGUGAUGAGGGCAGCGGAGAGCUCUGCCGCGGAGUCAUCACCAUCAACGUCGCCAGCAGAAGCAGCAGAAUCAGAAACAGAAGCAGAAGAAGGAGCGGAAGUGGCAGCAACGGAUGUACCAGAACCAUCUUCACCCCAGCAGCAAACCUCAUCCCAAAUGCUUCAGCCGGCGCCAAAGCAGCAGCAACAGCAACAGCCAGCGCAGCAGCCCUCCCCCGUCCAACAAGAUCAUCGGACGGGCUGGCGGCAGCGCUCAGCUCCAACGACCCGUGGGUCAUCGCCGCCCGCCGCUGCUGCUGCGAUGGCUGCUGCCGCCGGCGCCUCCGCAGCCGCCAAGCGCGCAGCGGCGGCUGCCUCCGUUGCUGCCAGCCAAGCGAGGGAGAAACCCAGGAGCUUCGAGGUAGGGCCGAUAUCGGAGUGGGGCCGGCCAAGGGAUGCCAAGUCAACAGACAGCGACCCGCGGAACGCUCAAAGCGGCGGCAGGAGCCCCUCACCCAAAGGCGCACAGCAGCAGGAUAGCAUGAAGACCGGGAGCAACAACAACAACAACAGCGAUGAGGAAGCUUCUUUUGAUCAGCAGGACUCGUCUUCUCCUUCAUCACCCACCACCGCCACCCGAACUCCCUCCAUCAAUGCCGCCGCUGCCUCUGAUGGCAGCAGCAACAGCAGCAGCAGUAGCAGCAGCAGUAGCAGCACCAGCACCAGCAGCAGCGAUGGCCUCUCCACGACAAGGGGUACCUUCUUCUCCAAUGAUGAGCUGGGUGCGGAGAUUGCCGCCAUCGCACAGUCCAUCGUGCAGCGAACCGUUGGUGCAGCUGUUGCUGGAAGUGCGGUGACGGGUGGUGAUCAGGGUGUUGAUCAUGGCGACACUGCUGCUGUGGCUCCUGCUGCUGCUGCAAGUACUGCAGUCAGCAGCAGUAGCAGCACCAAGGCGUCCCCGGGGACCUCCAACGGCUCCAAGAAAGAAGGUUCAGAAUCAGCAACAGCGCUUUCUCAGCUGCAGCCAGGAAGUGAGGAGGGUAGUGGCACAGGAAUGGCAGCAACCAGCGCCGCCAGCGCCUCCACCAGCUCCGCAGGGGCUGCUGCGGCCUCCGGCACCGCCGGGUGCCGGGUGGCGUUGGUGGCAGCAGCGCACUGCAUUCCCCAGCUUGGGAAGAACGCCAAAAGCUCCGAAGACGCGUUCUUCAUCCUGACGCCCCCUCAGAGCAGCAGCGGCGGGCUCGCACCCUCCCUCAGCGCGCUGGGUGUAGCGGACGGCGUGGGCGGUUGGGCGGAGGCGAAUGUUGACCCGGGGCAGUACAGUCGGGAGAUCAUGGCGGCUGUGGCGCGGGCGGCGGCGGCACGGCGGCACGCGGGCGAGCCGGCGGACCCCCGGCAGUUGCUGGCGGAGGCGCAGGCCGCGGUGCGCAGCAUCGGCAGCUGCACCGCCUGUGUCGCCAUCAUGACACCGCAUGCAGCAACAGCAGCAGGGGCAGGGGGGCAGGCCGCUGCUGGAGGUGGUGGUGGGUUGCUUUCCAUUGCUAACCUGGGCGACAGCGGCGUGCGUGUGGUUCGCCGCGGCUCGUUGGUUCUGUCCAGCAGUCCGCAGGAGCACCAGUUCAACAUGCCCUACCAGAUCGCGCACCCAGGCAACCUGCCGGACACCGACACGGCGCAGGACGCGCAGGUGUACCAGAUCAGCGUCUGGCCCGGUGACGUCAUCAUUCUUGCAACCGACGGGCUGUACGACAACAUGUGGGACGAG